CCCAAACAAAUAAUGUAAUCUUUUUUUUAGGGUGUCUUAAAAAACAUUCAGACAGAAUUGUAUACAUCUGGGUCAUUUAGUCUAAACCAAUUACUCAUCUAAUUUGGUAUGGCAAACAAAUUUUCUGAUUCACAUACAGUCAGUUCUCAGAAAUGUAAUUGUCACCAUCAGUUAUGAUGACUAUACAAAAACAGUUGGCAUUCAUUUUGUAAAUGCAUGUAGGCACGUAGUGAUGAUCUUACCAUAUUUAGGAUGAGUUCUGUCCUAUUUUGUUAUUGUCUUAUCAACUAAUUUGGAAAUUGCUGUUUGUUUUGGUACUGCAUUUUUGUAUAUCAUCUCUCACAUAUUACAUUUGCAUUAAGCAAAGUUGCUAAUCUCUGCAGCUGUGACAUCUUGUUGCAGUUUUGGUCUACAGUCCUUUUUUCAUUUUAUCAGAAUGCCUGUGUUGCUGUGUCCUGUAAUGAUUAUUAUCUACAUAUAGAUUAUUGGAUAGAAUAUUGAAAAUUAAAUUGUCUUAUAUGGAAAUUAUUCCUGCAAUUCGCACAAGCUGCAGUAUUCUUGGAUUUUUCUUUUAAUCAAAUUGGUAUUUUGAGAACUGCCCAGUCAUUUCCUGUGGUUCUGCCUUAAAGUAGUUUGCGGGACACCCCUUUCCAGCUAGUAACGAGGGGCCAGUGAGGUUUAACAGCAUAAGCUCAAUCACAGCAAAAUGAACCAGACAUUUACAGACAAUCCCUUCUACGAUCACAAUGAAAUGAACUCUACCUUUGGAGACAAUUGUCUGUGGUGUUUUAAUGAAAGUGUGCCAUCUUCAGAGGUGAUGAAUUCUAUGGGAGUGACUUCUCUGGUUGUCUACUGCCUGACGUUUCUUCUCGGAGUUCCAGGAAAUGUCUUUGUUGUUUACAUUGCUGGAAUGAAGAUGAAGAGGACCGUUAAUACGAUAUGGUUUAUCAAUCUGGCGAUUGCAGAUCUCCUGUGCUGCCUUUCCAUACCGUUCAAUGUGGCGGAGAUACUUCUUGACGAUUACUGGCCAUAUGGAUCUGUCAUGUGCAAGAUUCUUCCCUCUUUUAUAGUUAUCAACAUGUUUGCCAGUGUCUUCACUUUGAACGUGAUUAGUCUGGAUCGGUUUACCCAGGUGAUCACACCAGUUUGGGCUCAGAACCAUCGCAGCUUGAUGCUUGCACGGUUAUCCUGUGUAGCGGCCUGGGUCCUGGCAUUACUCCUUAGCCUGCCCUUUAUGAUAUUAAGGGAAACUUAUGAUGAAUUAAAUAUAACAAUCUGCACAAUUUAUGGUGAUGAAGAAGGUGGCUCUAAUACAUCUGGAAAACUGACUAUCAUCAGGUUUGUGUUUGGUUUUUUGAUUCCUCUCAUAUGCAUCACGACAUGUUAUGGAAUCAUUGCACGAAAGUUAGGCAGGAGUCAUUUUAACUCUGGACGAGCAUUUCGCAUCAUGUUGGCUGUUAUUGUGGCCUUUUUUUUGUGCUGGCUGCCAUACCACACUGUGGAUUUAAUCCGAAUAUAUGGUGGAAAAUCGAGUUCCUCAGUGGCACUGGCCGUGGAGCCAUUGGCUGUCUCUUUGGCAUACAGCAACAGCUGUCUGAACCCGGUUCUGUAUGUUUUCAUGGGGCAGGAUUUUAAGGAGAAGUUUAAGCUUUCUCUAAGAAGUGUUUUUGAAAGAGCUUUCUCUGAGGAGGGGACACAAAUACCACAAUGCACCCAAUCACAACAAAUGCACUCAAUGUAGGUUAAUAACCGAUGUAUGCAUUGCAUUCACUUUGUACCUUCUUUUUUCAAAGCUGAAACUAAAGGCAACACAGCACUUUUCAAUAGCAGGAAGUGUGUCUCUUCCACUCCUCUGCUGUUCUAUUUGUGCAGGAAGUUAAUAAAUUCAUAUUAUAUGUUUGUAUAGAACACUGAAUUUAAACCAUAUGCAAAAAAAAAAAAAAAAAAAAAAACAUGGAGAUUUAGUGGGUUUAAAUGACUUUUUUCUUUUCUUUUUUACCUUUAUUUCCUUUAUUGAUGUUCAAAAAUUAUAUUGUUUUAAUAUAAUUCAAUCAAACUUAGCAGCUAGAUGAGUGUGCUACUAAUGCUGCUGUUAGACAAUUGCUGAAUGCUUUUGAGGAAGUUUAUAAUGUGUUUACUGAUUGCGUGUGGUCUUAAGGAUGAAAAUAAACUAAAUUAAAUUAA